AUGGGUGAGAUUAUCACGAGCUCUAACUCGGAGAAAAUUUGGGAGAGAUGGGCCACCAAGGAAAUCUAUCAAUUGCUCCCUGGUCCGCCUCAGCCCCCUCAGCAGCACUCGGAGGCGGCUGCAGGAGUUGAGCCGCCCCUCGCCAGAGGGUUUUGGCGAAGCUCUGGCACGCGCGUGGAGCACCGGAGGGCGCAGAGGGUGCUCCUCGAGGGCUCCUUCUUCAGCUCCUUCGGCCCACGCCCGCGCCGCUUGGCGGAGAAGAGGUGGUGGCUCUCGGCGCCCCAGGCUGCUGCCGGCGGCCCGCCCCGACGCCGCGUCGGCUCAGCCCUCGCCUUGCGCUCCAGUAGCAGGACCGGGUCCCCGGACGAGCGGGGCCAGGAACACUCCCUCUUCCCACAAACCAGACUGGAAAUCCUCGAGAUUCACGGGACAUUUGUCAGUUUCUUAAGCCUGGCAAUUGCAGUCAUCAACCAGACUGAAGAGCAGGUAAAUGAUGAAAGUUUCAAGGCUGAUGAAAUAGAACGAGGCUCAGAGAGACAAUUUCCCCAGAGUCACCUACCUGAAAAAGAUGGCAAGAGACAUGAUUUGGACCCAGAUUUGAUUCAAGGGGUAGAUCUGAACUACCCCUUCAGUGUCAGUAACCAUGGGCAAUGCUCCGCAGCCAAUGCGGCGCCUCGGCCCGCGGGAUUGGCUGCCCCGGCGGUGACGUCGCCUGGGCGGGCCAAGUCGGUUUGCGACAGAGGCCGCGGCUCCCGCUCGGGGGAGCCGAGAAGAGGGGAUCCGCCACCCAGCGCUCGGCCCUCGAGCCCGCUCUCCGCCAGCCCGGAAGCUUUCUUCCUUCUCCGCGCGUCUCGCCCGCGCCGCGGAGUCUUGGCAAGGGAUCCCGGCGGGUGUGUGAGCCCGGGAGCAGCGGAGCCCCGCGCGGCCACGACUCCCCAGCGUGAGGGCGGCAGGGGACGCCGAGCAGCUGCUCGCUAUGAGGAGGGCGGCGGGCCUCGGGCGGAGCGGCCGCGUCCCGCGGGCUUGAGCGCCCACGCGCCGCCGCAGCCGCCGCGGGGGCGGCCCCGACCCCCCUGCGCUUUCGGCCAUGAGCUCUCGGUGAAUACGCGGCGUGGGCAGUCGUGGACCUGA